AUAGGGGAUACGCACUUUGAGAAGCAUUCCUAUUUUCUUCUCCAACAAAUCAAGAAAAUGCUUUCAACUAUCAUGAAUCACCUCAAAACUCAACCUCUCUUUGUUCUCCUUCUCUCAUUCAUUGGAUUCAUCUCCUUCUUAAAAAGCUUCAUCAUUUUUCUCAAAUGGAUUUUCUUUACAUUUUUAAGAACUCCAAAGAAUCUUGUCCAAUCUUAUGGCUCUUGGGCACUCAUCACUGGCACAACUGAUGGAAUUGGAAAAGCUUUUGCUUUUCAACUUGCACAAAAAGGUCUCAACCUAAUAUUAGUAGCAAGAAAUUUAAACAAACUACAACAAGUGUGUUAUGAAAUCCAAACUCAAAAUCCAAAUAUCAAAGUCAAGAUUAUUGUUGUAGACUUCUCUUUUAAUGUUACUAAAGAGAUUCAAGAAAUGAAAAAGGGCAUUGAAGGAUUGGACAUAGGUGUUUUGAUUAAUAAUGUUGGUGUCACAUAUCCAAGAGCCAUGUUUUUUCAUGAGGUAGAUGAGAACAUAUGGAAAAAUAUAGUGAAAGUAAAUUUGCAAGGUACCACCUUAGUGACGAUGGCGGUUUUACCAGGAAUGAUAAGUAGAAGAAAGGGUGCCAUAGUGAAUAUUGGGUCUGGUGCUUCCAUUGUUGUACCUUCUCAUCCUCUUUUCUCCAUCUAUGCUGCAACUAAAGCGUAUAUCGAUCAGUUUUCAAGAUGUUUAUACGUUGAAUACAAACACCAUGGUAUAGAUGUGCAGUGUCAGGUACCAUUAUAUGUUAAAACAAAGAUGACUUCAAGAGUUGCAAGCAUAGAGAAAUCAUCAUUGUUUAGUCCAACCCCAGAGAAGUAUGCAAAAGCAGGAGUAGCACAAAUAGGAUAUGGUUGGAGGAGCAUGCCUUAUUGGCCACAUUCAAUUCAAUGGUGGUUUGCUUCUUUGUUGCCUCAAUCUCUUCUUGAUGCAUGGCGCCUCUCCAUUGGCCUUAAUAGGAGGAUUAAAACUUAAUUG